UGAGAAUUUAUCACCACGUUGAUAUUGUGAUUUCUUGAUUUUUUACAGGUUCAUACUGGACUUUCAUGAGGUCUUGCAGAACUGAGAAAAGGAAGUCGACGUCAAAGUGGUAAUGUUCCUAUCACACAUAAAGUGAUUGUAUUCCUAAAGACCCCGACUCUCCACAUCAUGGACACACUAGGACUCAGCACUCAGCUAAAAGUACGACAAUGUUCUCAAUGUCAGAGGGACACUGAAUUUUACUGUAACACAUGUAAACGUGAUCUGUGUUUACAUUGUAAAAAGAAACAUGUUACAGAAAAUAACACCAAAUAUCACAAUGUAGUGUUCUAUAUAACUCGUCAUACCGAGAGGAGUUUUACCACACAGUGUAAACUACGACAGUGUUCUCAAUGUCAGGGGGACACUGAGUUCUACUGCAACACAUGUAAACGUGAUCUGUGUUUACAGUGUAAAGAGAAACAUGUCAAUGAUCUAGAUACCAUAUACCAUGAUGUUGUGAUUUACCGUGAGAAGUUUAAUUGUUUCCCUUUACGAAAGACUUGUGUCAGACAUCCAAAGAGAAAAUACAGAAUGUUCUGUGAUCAGUGUAACUAUUCCGUGUGUAAGCGCUGUACAGACCACAGAACACACACGUUGGUGGAUCUUAGAACAGCCUAUCAAACAAAGCGACAACAACACAGAGAAAUCAUUGACAACAUCAGAAGUGAGACUCUCUAUAACUGUCGUGUUCUCCUGGCAGGAAUCCAAACUGAUAUCCAAACUUGUCCCCCACAAAUCUGUCACCGUCAAUCACAGAUGUCAACAAAAGCCCAGAGACUGAAGGAUAUGAUUGACACUGUGGUAUGUGAUGUUGAAACAAGAUACCGAGGUUUAUUGAUUGAUAGAAUACAACAACAGAAGAGAAAAAUGAACAGACAACUUGUUCACCUACAGAACUAUGAAGACAGAUAUGAACAAUCAGCAAACAGAGCGGUACAAUUCCUCUUGUUUAUAAAGACCAGUCGUGUCCCCCAGAUAAAGAACAGUCCUAGUCAGUUAUUGAGUGUCAUCACAGAAAUCCAAAUGACAACAGGAAAACGACAAGUAGGAAUAGACGAGUGUGUAAAACUGAUGUCCACACCUGUAUUACACACGUCUGUCUGUGUGACAGGUGUUAGUCACGGUGUGUAUCACAUAUCUCGUGUGAUGUCAGAACGGGUCUGGGUCUCUGAUGAUUAUAACAAUCUCAUCUUGACAGACACAACAGGAGACACUAUACACCGUGUGACAGAUAUAGGAUGGUAUAGAGGACACACAGUGAACAGUUCUAGUGAACUGAUUUAUAUAGACAGUAAACUUAACAUCAACAAACUGUGUACAGACAAUAAAACAGUCACCAGACUGAUACAGAGAACAUCACCAUGGAGACCACAGUGUGUGUACUGCUCCCCGUCCACUGGAGAUAUGUUGGUGGGGAUGGAUAACACUGAUACAAAGACAGGCAAGGUAACCCGGUACAACAGUAGUGCUCAACACAUCCUGACCAUAGAACACGACAACACAGGUCACACUCUGUAUAGUCGUCCUCUCUAUAUCAGAGAGAACAAUAACGGUGAUAUCAUUGUGUCUGACUACAUUAAUUCUAACCGUGGUGUUGUAGUGGUGACAGAGCGCGGGGGCAGACAUCGAUUCUCCUACACAGGACCUCCAUCAGGAUCAUCACUACGACCAUGGGGAAUCUGUACAGACGCGCUGUCACACAUCCUGGUGUGUGAUGUUAACACCGACACAGUACAGAUGAUUGACAAGGACGGUCACUUCCUGUCUCUGUUACUGACACCACACGGGAUAAACAUACCAUACAGCCUGAACUAUGAUGAUAAAACUCACCUUCUCUGGGUCGGAUCAUGGUACACCAACACAGUGUCUGUAUAUAGAUAUCUACAGAGGAGGUACUCUCUGACUGACUAUCCAGGCAGAGGAAGAGGACAACAGAGAAGAAUCUGACUCUGAUGACGAGGACGCCAGAGAAGAAUCUGACUCUGAUGACGAGGACGCCAGAGAAGAAUCUGACUCUGAUGACGAGGACGCCAGGGGGAAAUCUGACUCUGAUGACGAGGACGCCAGGGGGAAAUCUGACUCUGAUGACGAGGACGCCAGGGGGAAAUCUGACUCUGAUGACGAGGACGCCAGAGAAGAAUAUAACUCUGAUGACGAGGACGCCAGGGGAAAAUCUUACCCUGAUGAUGAGGACGCCAGGGGAAAAUCUGACUCUGAUGACGUGGACGCCAUGAGGAGAAGUUGAUCCUAAAACAUGUUGCCAGCGGUGUAUCUUGGUAUGACAUACGAUUCCCAAUACCAUUCCUUCAGCCACUAAAUCUGAUCUACAUUUCCUCAUCUAGUGAUGAUGGACAUUGAUUACAUUUCCUCAUCUACUGAUGGUGGACACUGCAUGAUUACAUUUCUUCAUCUAGUGAUGGUGGACACUGAUUAUAUUUCUUCAUCUAGUGACGGUGGACAUUGAUUACAUUUCUUCAUCUACUGAUGAUGGACAUUGAUUACAUUUCCUCAUCUAGUGAUGAUGGACAUUAAUUAUAUUUCCUCAUCUAGUGAUGUCGGACACUGAUUACAUUUUCUCAUCUAUUGAUGGUAGACAUUGCUUACAUUUCCUCAUCUAGUGAUGGUGGACACUGAUUACAUUUCCUCGUCUAGUGAUGGUCGACACUGAUUACAUUUCCUCAUCUACUGAUGGUGGACACUGCAUGAUUACAUUUCUUCAUCUAGUGAUGGUGGACACUGAUUAUAUUUCUUCAUCUAGUGACGGUGGACAUUGAUUACAUUUCUUCAUCUACUGAUGAUGGACAUUGAUUACAUUUCCUCAUCUAGUGAUGAUGGACAUUAAUUAUAUUUCCUCAUCUAGUGAUGUCGGACACUGAUUACAUUUUCUCAUCUAUUGAUGGUAGACAUUGCUUACAUUUCCUCAUCUAGUGAUGGUGGACACUGAUUACAUUUCCUCGUCUAGUGAUGGUCGACACUGAUUACAUUUCCUCAUUUAGUGAUGGUGGAUACUGAUUACAUUUCCUCAUCGAGUGAUGGUGGAUAUUGAUUACAUUUCCUCAUCUAGUGAUGGUGGACACUCAUUACAUUUCCUCAUCUAGUGAUGGUGGACAUUGAUUACAUUUCCUCAUCUAGUGAUGGUGAACAUUGAUUACAUGUACUUUUCUAGUGAUGGUGGACAUUGAUUACAUUUCCUCAUCUAGUGAUAGUGGACAUUGAUUACAUUUCCUCAUUUAGUGAUGGUGGACCUUAAUUACAUUUCCUCAUCUAGUGAUGGUGGACAUUGAUUACAUUUUCAUUUCAGCUCGAUGUUAUGUAUGGUUAUUAUUAAGAAAUAUUAAAUCAUGUAUUUCCAUAGAA